GAUAUAACAUCGGACUGAUUACUGUGCUUGUGUUUCUGGAGAUGGAGCUUCUUGGGUUGGUGGUCUUAAUAUUUUCUAUUUGCUGUUGCUUGUUAUUAUGGUUGGAAAGUGUUCAACUCUGUGUGGCUUAGGCCUGAAAGGCUGGAGAAGUGCCUGAGGAAGCAGGGUUUGAAGGGAAACUCUUACAGGGUUCUCUUCGGAGACCUUAAGGAUACGGCGCCCAUGACUAGUUUCUCCAACGACGUUGCGCCCAGACUUGUUCCAGCUCUUCUUCAAUCUAUCGAUCGACAAAUACGGAUGGAGAAGUGCCUGAGGAAGCAGGGUUUGAAGGGAAACUCUUACAGGAUUCUCUUCGGAGACCUUAAGGAUAUGGCCAGGUUGCUCAAAGAAGCCCAGUCAGAGCCCAUGACUGGUUUCUCUCACGAUAUUGCGCCCAGACUCGCUCCAGCUCCUUUUCAAUCUAUCGCCAAAUACGGCAAGAAUACCUUCCUAUGGUUUGGAUCAACACCCUCAGUGGUUGUCUUGGAACCUGAACAUAUCCGAGAGAUUUUGUCCAAGAAUUACAUCUACCAAAAGCCUCCGAGGAGCCCUUUAUCUCAACGUAUGGCAAGAGGUACUGGAUGGUUGGAGGGAGACAAAUGGGCCAAGCAUAGAAAGCUGGUCGUACCAGCCUUCUAUGUCGAAAAACUCAAGUACAUGGUUUCAUCGUUUCACUUCUGUUGCUCCAACCUGUUGAGUAAAUGGGAUGAGAUUAUCCCGAAUGAAGGGGCAUUUGAAUUGGAUGUGUGGCCUUAUCUUAAAGCUUUUACAAGUGAUGUGAUUUCGCACACUGCCUUUGGUAGUAAUUACGAAGAAGGAAGAGCUAUAUUUGAAGUCCAAGAAGAAAAAUUCGGCCUUCUCUUCAAAGUUCAUAACUCGGUUUACAUCCCCGGAUCCAUAUUUCUACCCACACAACAAAAUCGUAGACUGCAUGAACUCGAAAGGAUAAUAGAGUCAACCGUGAUGAGCAUCAUCGACAAAAGAAUGAAAUUACUAAAAGCUGGUGGGAGUUGCGGUGACGAUUUUUUGGGUUUGCUACUGGAAUCGAACAUCAAGGAAAUUGAAAUAGGAGGAAAUAAGUGUGGAUUGAGCAUGGAAGAGAUUAUUGAUGAGUGCAAGGAUUUUUACCUUGCUGGGAAUGAGACUACAUCGAUACUGCUCGUUUGGACUAUGAUUCUAUUGGGAAAGCACACCGAUUGGCAGUCUCGUGCAAGAGAAGAGGUUCUACAACUAUUUGGAAAAAGAACACCCGAUUAUCAAGAGUUAAGUCACCUCAAAAUUGUAACGAUGAUAUUACAUGAGACCUUGAGGUUAUAUCCACCGGUAAUCAAUCUCACUCGGAUGACUACGGAAGAGUGUAAAUUAGGGGACUUAAGUCUACCGGCCGGGGUGAGACUUCAAAUGCCGAUCAUUUUGUUGCAUCAUGACAAGAAAAUAUGGGGUGACGACGCAAUGGAAUUCAACCCCUCGAGGUUUAGCAAGGGAGUUUCUCAUGCUACGCAAGGCCGGCUGGUAUAUCUGCCAUUCGGAAGCGGACCUCGGAUUUGCUUGGGACAAAACUUUUCCACGGUAGAAGCUAAACUGGCCAUAACUAUGAUAUUACAGCGUUACAGUUUCAGUCUUUCUCCGUCAUAUACACAUGCUCCUAUGUCAGCAUUUGUACUUCAGCCUCAACACGGUGCGCACAUAAUGCUGGAGAAGAUCAAGGCUUGAUCAUUGUGUCUUAUGGAUAGUGAAUAAAUUCUGGAUUAGUAUCCUAAAGGUAGGUCACGGUUGAGCUGAACUGUGAACAAAUCAUGUGUUCUAUUUGGUUUUAUGUUCUAUGAGUUGUGUGUUAUUA